AUGGAUUACAACCAGGAAUAUAUUUGGAAUUAUACACUGAAAUUCUACAAUGACAACACUACAGCCGAUAUCGAUGUUAUAAUGCUGAAACCCAUUACCGAAAACUUGUGGUUACAAUUAAUGAUCGAAAUGAAAAUGCGUCAAAGUGGCGAAUAUAAUAAAAUUCUUUCAUUUGACUUUAAUGUUUGUGAUAUACUGACCCAAGCCAAUAAUCCAUUGCUCAAGACUUGGUUGGACAAUGUCUCAAAAUAUGGAAAUUUUCCUCGCAGCUGUCCUUUCAAAGAGGUUAAUGGCCUAUAUUAUGUGCGCAACUUUAAAUUUGAUCAAAACAGUCUUCCGAAAUUUUUGUUGAAAGGAUUUUAUGGCGUUCAUGGUUUGGGUUAUCUUCGUCUGUCUGAUGGCGACAAAAAUAUUUUAUACAAUAGCUCUGUAUUUGUUGCUUUGAAAACCAAAUAA